ACAAAUGGAACCCACCAGCAGUGUGAGGAGACCUGAAAGUGGCACAUGGCAGAGAGUGUGGCGAUGGAGACCAGCAGCAAUGGGGGCCGUACAGGGACCCAUGAGACACUCUGGACCUGGCAGCAGCAUGAGGAGUCGGUACGGGGGCCCAUGCAGAUUACGGGUCCUGGCAGCAGCAAUGGGAGGCCCGUAAUCUGCCCAGCACCCUAUGACAAAAUGGAACCCCCCAGCAGUUGUGAGGAGACCUGAAAGUGGCACAUGGCAGAGUGUGGCGAUGGAGACAGCAGCAAUGGGAGGCCGUACAGGGACCCAUGAGACACUCUGGACCUGGCAGCAGCAUGA